AUGGAUCCACCAAUGACCCCGACACCAGGCAGCGCGGCUUCUCGACCGUCUGCUACCUCGCAUUCUAGCUCCAAAAACCGUCUCCAACGCAGCAGCGAUUACCCACCCUCUGAUAACAAGGCUAGUUACAGUCCAAUGGGCGGUCGGGCCCCAGGGACUGGUCCGAUCCCCGUCUCCGAGGCUACGCCAGCUGGAGAGACCCGCUCAGAACACCCCGCCGAUAAUGUCCUCCAAACGCAGGAAGAACCGCAAUCGCAAACGUCGCAAUCGGCACCAAUCUUUUUUACACCCUCGCGAGAGGAGGCCCAUGAUAGCGCCGAAGAGCAUUCAGGUGCUGGUGGAGGUGCCCGAGAUUCAAUGGAGGCCGAUCGGCCAACCUCGAGGGACACUUCGUUCUUCAAAUUGGGGAGGAAUUUAAGUAAUACAAGCUUGGAGAGUGAUGCAUUGUUGGAUCAUCGGGACCAGCCGAUGAUGCGACCUCGUCGUGACAGCCGCCUUGCUUCAUCACUGCGUCCGACCUCUAUCCUAUCCAAUGUCUUCCGGUCGAAUGACGGACAAUCCCGCAGCACUCCGAAAGCAGGUCGGAACCAGCAACAUCGCGAUGGUGAUAGCGACGAAGAAGCAAACGACCGAACUCCAUUGAUGCGGGCUACCUCGGGGCACACCUCCAAUACCGCUCGCUACGGCGCAGACUCCCGCGCCAAUCUGUUUUCAUCUCGUGCUCGCCAACCAUCCGUUCAAACUGUAUCAUCAGGAUGCUCUCCACGAGACAACCGCAGCCCACUUGAUUCUUCCGCUAUCGAACGUGACUACGAUGUGAAUAAUCCACCGUCAAUCCCCGGGUCUCCGAAGUUAGGACCAGAGAUGAAUUAUGAUGAUGCUGUAGUAACUGGGGCCGAUUGGGACUUUUCCUUGGCCCGGUCCUUGGAAAUGCACAGGGACUCUCUAAACAUGAACGAAACAUUGAUUGAUAUGGAUGGUAAUGGGGCACAUCCUCAUUCGGCACCCUCUUCUCCCGGUUCGCCAUUACUUUCGCCGCAUCAGGAACUGCGGCGCCGCCGAACUGUGGCAUUACCAGCAGAGGAGGAUGUGUGCUUCCCUACCGAAACGAUAUCGGAACUCGGGGACGAGGGUACUAGACCACGGGAUGAGGCUGGUGAGCGUCGACGCCGCAGACAUCGGCGGUGGCCCGAUCUCUCCGUGCUGGAAGAAUGGAGUCGCGAGGAGAAAGAGGAACGCAACGGGGACCUUCGAGUUAAGAAGAUUAAUGAACCGAUGCUCAUUGAGGGCAGAUUGCGUCCUCAGUAUAAAUUUUGGCGGCGCGAAGAGGAUGAGGCACCUUACCGAUUUACAUACUUCAACGAGGAGUUCCCAAGCACUAUCCACGCUCAAACGAUCUCCGAGCUGGUUCAACCAGGAGGCAGCUUCCGGGAAUUGUUUAUUCCAGAUCCCCCAGAAUUAGAAGAUUCAUCUGAUGACGAAGACUCGGACAGAGAGUCUUUUAUGGAAACUGCAGCUGCCGCCCAUUCAGCUCAUCCCGUUAAUACCGGUCCGCGGAUAGGGGUGCCUGUACCGGAAGGUCAAGGCCAUCAAACAAACGUCAAUCCCAAUAUGACAAGCGGUACCGCUCAGACACCCAGUGAAAAGAAAACCGGUGAUCUUCUCGCCGGCAACGCUCCUCCAGUGAGAGGUCCGUCACGCUUGUCUGUUAUAAGCGAAGGACAUCCCAACUCUCACCGAGACCUCUCGCCCGCGCAGUCAAACCUUGCUCCGAAACCCAAACCUAAACGCUACGGCCCCAGGCCUACCUUUUGGUUAGAUGUUCUCUCUCCGACAGAUGCAGAGAUGCGUACAAUCGCCAAGGCAUUUGGAAUCCACGCGCUGACAGCAGAGGAUAUCAUGAUGCAAGAAGCCCGAGAGAAAGUGGAAUUGUUCCGAAGCUACUAUUUCGUCAACUACCGGACUUUUGAGCAAGACACCAAUAGUGAGGACUAUCUUGAGCCAGUCAACAUGUAUGUCGUGGUUUUCCGUGAAGGCGUGAUAUCCUUCCAUUUCUCGCAAACGCCUCAUCCCGCCAACGUGCGGCGGCGCGUCCGUCAAUUGAUGGAUUACCUGAUCUUGAGCUCCGACUGGAUCUCAUAUGCCCUGAUUGACGACAUUACCGACGUUUUCGGCCCACUGAUUCAAGCCAUUGAAGACGAGGUAGAUGAGAUCGACGAGAUGAUCAUGCAAAUGCACUCAUCUAGCAAGGAAGCGUCGUCCAAUGACAGCGUGCUUCCUUCAUUUGCACCAGGAGAAAUGCUCCGGCGAGUAGGAGAAUGCCGCAAGAAGGUCAUGGGAUUAUACCGGCUACUCAGCAACAAGGCAGAUGUUGUCAAGGGCUUUGCCAAACGUUGCAAUGAGCAGUGGGAGGUGGCCCCCAAGUCCGAGAUUGGUCUCUACCUGGGUGAUAUUCAAGAUCACAUUAUGACGAUGACGGGAAAUUUGACGCAUUAUGAGACAAUUCUCUCUCGCGCCCAUUCUAAUUAUCUCGCGCAGAUCAACAUUCUGAUGAACGAGCGCCAGGAACAUACUGCCGAUGUCUUGGGUAAGCUGACUGUUCUUGGUACGAUUGUCCUACCGAUGAACAUCAUUUGCGGCAUGUGGGGUAUGAACGUCAAGGUACCUGGUCAGGAAAUCGACAACUUGAACUGGUUUUGGUGCAUUACUGGCGGACUAUUUGUAUUUGCUUCUGUGUCUGUUUGGAUUGCUAAACGAGUCUACAAAAUUGUGUAAAUGGACAAAAGCUUCUUGUGUUCUUGCGUGUUAUAAUUUCUACGCGUCGACGGAUCGAUACCCAGGAAUUUGUUUCUCUAUUAUGUUUUUCGAUCCCACUUGCGGCCUCUGGCUUUGGUUCAGAGCCCAAACGAUAUUAACGAUAAACGGUGUAUGUAUCUUGGGCUCUUUUCCUAAUAUGGUGUUGUACAUAGCUGGUUUGCAGUUAGGAUAGAACUGUACAUUAUUAAUGACGCGUUACAAG